AUGGCAACUCUAGUCCGGUUGUCGUCGCAGGUACAGCGUUUACAAACGAGUUCGCCAUAUGUCGAUAUCUACACCAACGGAGUUCCAAACCCUCUUCGUUCACGACCAGUUGUUCCGCCGGUUGCUUCGACGACUCACUCUCAUCCAGAGCCAAAACGAUGGGAAAACCCUGGUGCUUGGGGGGCGCGACAUAUGAAUGAUGCAGCACCGUUUACGCUAUGGGAUGGGCAGAACUGCAAGUUUCGUUCCCCAACGUGUGAAGAAUGGGCAUGGAUUCGAAACAAGUUUGGGAAUGGGCAAGUCAUCAUGUCUGGGUGGUUCAUAUCGAUUGAAACUACAAGGCCACCGCAGCCAGUACCUCUUACUAUCGGAUGCAUGCCCGUGUACUUCGUUGCGAUCGGUGCAUCCCACCUCGAGCCCCUUCCACGCACUCCAUAUCCGAACCCCCGCGUCUCAGACCCAUGCCCUACUCUACGUUGGCCGGCGAUGCAGUUUCCAAGCAAGGAGCAAACCACCGCGUUGUUGAGAGCUCUAAAACCGCUGGCAAAUGUUCGAGCGAUUCUUUAUCUGCCGAGUUGGACGAUAGUCGAGCUUCAGACUGGGGAUGGACGUGUCUACCAGCCAUCGUCCCUUCCAGGUGUGGUGGCAGGUCGAACCACGCUCUACCACCAUCAGGAACAGCGCUUUUACAAUGCUAUGAAAGACCAAGCACGAGAACGAGCUAUCGAUCCCCAGGCUCAUGAGGAUUGGAGUCAGUCUCUACCGCAAGACGACUCGAACUAUCUCCGGGCCUCCUACCUCUCACCUGGAUGCAGACUAGAAUGUGGUUCCGGUUCUCCAGGGUCCGCGAACGAGUUUGCCAACUUCGCUACAACCUCGGGUGUGAAGAUUCGCAAUCCUCGCGGGGAGGAAGCAUUGACAGUCGCCAACCAUGGUUUCCUGCUAUCUACCGAGGUAUACCACCCGCGCGCGUCCGCAGACAGGAUCGGGGAAGUUUUCGAUAGACGCCCUGAAAUAGACGUUGCCCUUGUUGGCCUCACACCAGCUGCAUCGGCCCAGUUUACGAACAGCUGUUAUUUUCAAGCCGAACCCCCUCGAUUUCUGUUGAAAGGUGAUCAAAUCGAACAGGGGUCGUGGAGUGAAGUAGAUGGAAUGAGUUCAGGUCUUGUGAGCAUUAUGGCGUAUGGGAGAUUGUUCGAAGCACCGGUGCGGCCCACUGAACAUCCAGCGAUCGAUUUCCGACAAUGGCAAUCGUAUACUCUCGGUUCAGUGUUUGGUGCUGUCAAUAUGGCUAUUUCGGAGGGUAUUUGCGGCGCCCCGAUCGUCAACUGCGAGACAGGUGGGGUGGGUGGCUUCUUCCAUCAGUUCGAUGGAACUAAUGUUUUGACUGCGCACCUUGACGAUUUGAUUGCUGAAGGAUGGCAAGUGGCUUCUGUAUCGUUUUAA